AGUCGUAGAACCUGUCAGCAUCCUUGCUAACCUCUAAACUUCUCAAUAAACAAAGAAACAAAUUCCUCCAUUUUCAAUUUCUCUCUCUCUCUCUCUCUCUCUUCGUGGCAGCUUCCGAUCCAUUUUUAGCCGAUAGAGAGUCAGUAAAAGUCAAGUCCCUGAAAGCGCCGUCACCGGUAAUUGGCGCAUUCUAUUUUGCACGGUUAGCGGCGGAGAAGGUAUGAAACUUUUGAGCCCGUCACCGCCUCCGGGCCCGGACGGAGACGGCUUUUCAGAGUUUUCACCUUCGGCGAGUCUCCGACAUGGGUCUUACCGGGCGAGUCGGCCGCUGACGUCUGAGCUGCCGGAUAUUGUGGAAGAAAGAGGCGACAUAGUGUACGUGGCGGUCGGCAAGUCGAUGGUUAAGGUAAGUGCGUUGCUCAGAUGGACUUUCGAGCAAUUUGGGAACAGGGAAGUUUGCCUUCUUCAUGUUCAUCAACCUUCUCCCGUGAUUCCCACCCUCUUGGGAAAAUUGCCUGCAAGUCAAGCGAAUGGUGAAGUGGUGUCUGCCUAUAGAAGGGAUGAAAAGGAACAAAUGAAGAAACUUCUAUCUAAUUACAUGAACAUUUGCUCUAGAACAAAGGUGAAGGCUAGCUAUAUUACGAUUGAAGCUGACCAAGUUCAUAAAGGAAUUGUCGAUCUGGUGAACAGGCAUGGAGUUAGAAAGCUUGUUAUAGGGUCUGUACCAGAAAAUUGCUUAAAGGUUAAAAAGAGCUCUAAAAAAGCAAAUUAUGCUGCCAAACAUACCCCUCUAUUUUGUGAGAUAUGGUUUAUUAACAAAGGGAAACACAUGUGGACAAGAGAAGCUUCAGAAGACUUGAGUUUUCUUGAACCAGUUAGCCAGCUGGAGCAUCUAACGACAGAAUGGUUUAGAUCUAGAUCGUUGCAAUAUGACAAGGGUGACCUUGUAACCCACUCUGAUCGUCUUCGAUCCAGUUCUUGCUCAGAAGUGACAAAUGAAUUGCAGGCUAAAAUGGGAGGGCUUUCGUCCGGUUUUAACAGUGAAGGUGAUCCACGCAAUUUCUACAGUUUGUUUAGUCCAGUGAGCACUAGCCCUUCUUGUUCUGGAUAUGCUUCAUCCACUGAAAGAAGAGUGUCCACAGACUCUGACACAAUCUCAAAGUUGGAGGAAGAAAGCUUAUGUUGCCAGCUUGCAGAAGCAAGGAUUGAAGCUGAGGCAUCAAGGAAUGAAGCAAUUGCAGAGAUAUUUAAGCGCAAGAAAUUGGAGUCAGAAGCUAUGGAAGCUAUAGGCAAGGUUAAAGCUUUUGAAUCUGCCCAUGCACAUGAAUUCAAACUUAGGAGAGAAGCUGAGGAUGCACUGAGAACUACAAUACAGGAACAAGAAAAGCUCUUAGAAGAAAGAGAAAAUGCAGCUAGGGAGCUACAGAAAACCAUGAGAAAUGUAGCUUUCCUAGACAGUUGUGCACAGGAAGCAAAACGUCGGUGUGAGGAAGCAACUGCUGAAUUGAAACUCAUCCAAGCAUCCAUUGUUACUCUGCGGCGUGAAAAGCUGAAGAUCCGACGGCAGAAAAUUGAUGCAGCACAUUGGCUUGAACUGUGGAGAAAUCGAGGGCAAGCUGGAGCUGCAAACUCCAAUCAUGUGUUUGGGGUUGUUGAAGAUUCGACUGAAUUACCAGAAUUUUCAUUGUCAGAUUUGGAGACUGCAACAUGCAAUUUUUCUGAAAGCUUCAAAAUUGGACAGGGAGGAUAUGGUUGUGUAUACAAGGGGGAGAUGUGGGAUAAGACUGUUGCCAUAAAGAAGUUGCAUCCGCAUAGUAGGCAGGGACAGUCAGAAUUUCAACAAGAGGUUCAAGUUCUUGGCAAAUUACGACAUCCUCAUCUAGUGACUUUAAUUGGCGCAUGCCGUGAAGCCUGGUCCCUUGUUUAUGAGUACUUGCCAAAUGGAAGUCUCCAAGAUCAACUUUUCCGCAAAAGCAACAAUGCUUCCCUAACUUGGAAGAUCAGAACAGGGUUAAUUGCUGAAAUCUCAAGUGCUCUCCUCUUUUUGCACUCUUCCAAACCUGAAAAGGUUGUCCAUGGUGAUCUGAAACCUGAAAACAUCCUUCUUAAUUCUAAGCUCAGCUGCAAGAUAUGUGAUUUUGGAAUUUGUAGGCUGGUGCCUGAGGAGACCCUUCGUUACCCAAGUUUCCGCAGAUAUACUGAACCUAAAGGAGCUUUUCCAUACACAGAUCCAGAGUUCAAUAGAACUGGAGUCUUGACACCAAAAUCUGACAUCUACUCCUUUGGGCUCAUCACAUUGCAGCUACUCACUGGAAGGCGUCCAGUGGGGUUAGCAGGUGAGGUGCGUAAAGCAGUGUCAUGUGGGAAAUUAGAAUCACUUCUGGAUUCAUCAGCAGGAGAAUGGCCGACAUUUGUGGCAGCACGAUUGGCGGAACUGGGGUUGCAAUGCUGUGAAAUGAAUGGUAGAGAUAGACCAGAGCUGACACCAACUCUGGUUAAGGAACUGGAGCAAUUGCACUGCUCAGAAGAGCGAGUGGUGCCAUCAUUUUUCUUGUGUCCUAUUCGUCAGGACAUUAUGCAUGAUCCUCAGAUAGCAGCGGAUGGGUUCACAUAUGAAGGAGAAGCUAUGCGUGGAUGGCUGGAGAAUGGCCGUGAAACUUCACCAAUGACCAAUUUGAAAUUGAAUCACUUGCAUCUUACUCCUAAUAAUGCACUUCGCCACGCAAUUCAAGAUUGGUUAUGUAAACCUUGAGACCUCAUCUGUAUUUGAAUGUGUAGUGUAGUAGUCUCUUUGUUAUAUAUAUUUAUAUAGAUGUACAUGCAUGGUGCUGUCAAUGCUGUGUUGUUGGGGCAUUACUGUGCUACCAGUUCGGAUCUGUUAUAGUGGCAGAUAGUCUCCAUUUUCAUUUA